AUGGUGUCUGCGACCGGCGGUCGCAACGGCAACCGCACGCGCACGCGUGGCCGUGGCCGUGCCCUCGCGAGGUUCUGCAGGCAGCACCAUGCCCUCCUCCUCAAGAACCUCGCCUUCCAGAGGAGGAACUGGAAGACGAACGCCGCGAUCGCCGCGUUCCCGGUGCUGCUCUGCGCGCUGCUCGUCGCCAUCCAGGCCGUGGUCGACCGCGAGCUGGACAGGCCCCCGUUCCGGUGCGGCUGCGAGGGGGGCCACUGCGGCAUCCAGCACUCCACGCCCAUACAGGCCAUGAGCUGCGAGGUGCCCGCGCCGCCCAGGUGGCCGGCGCUCGUGCAGGUGCCCGUCGUCCCGGCCUUCGUGCACGGCCGCCCUGCGCGCUGCAGCAACGCGUCCUGCGCCGCCCCGGUCUCGGUGCUCCUCACCGGACUCAACCGUGGCCUCUCCCAAAGUAAAAAAAAAACUAAAUAA